CAGAAAAUGCAAGCUUGCAAGAAAGGUAUACUGCCUAUAGUAUUAGAAUUGGUGGUACUACAACUGCAAUAGAGGCAGGUCUAUCUUUGACACAAAUUCAAAUUAUAGAAGAAUGGGACA